AUGAAUGAUUCAACAGCAACUGCAUUGGCUUAUGGUAUAUAUCGAUCUAAUGAGUUCAGUGAUAAUACUCCAACAAUAGUAGCAUUCACAUCUGUUGGUGCAUCUCAUUUUGGUACAUCUAUCGUUAAGUUUACUAAAGGUCAUCUUACUGUACUUGGUGAGGCUAUUGAUACUACUGUUGGUGGUCGAUAUAUUGAUAAGAUCCUAAUGGAGCAUUAUAGUCAACAGUUUACUACUAAAACUGGUUUAGAUCCCCUUAAGAAUGCUAAAUCUAGAUUUAAGUUGGAAGAGGCUGUUAAUAAGGUUAAGAAGAUAUUAUCAGCCAAUAAUGAGGCCGUAUUAGGGAUUGAAUGCUUGUUGGAGGAUGAGGAUCUGAAUGUAGUCGUGACUCGUGAUAAGCUCGAGGAACUAUGUGCUCCGAUGGUUGAUAAGAUGCAGUCUGUGAUGAAUAAGGCAUUGAAGGAAGCUAACAUUACUAUUGAUGAUUUACAUUCAGUAGAGAUCAUUGGUGGUGUAUCUAGAGUACCAUUCAUACAACGUACUAUUGUUGAUACUCUACAUAAGGACUUAUCUCGUACUCUUAAUGCUGAUGAGUGUGUAGCACGAGGAUGCGCAUUACAAGCAGCUAUGUUAUCACCCCUAUUCAAGGUUAGGGACUUUGCCGUUACUGAUUUUACUCAACAAGGCAUUGAGGUAGCCUGGCAGCAGCAACAGCAGGCAACAUCUACUACUAAUAAUGAUGAUGUUGAAGAU